GGGGGCGUGGGCCCGGGAUGCCGCCGCCCGCUCCGGCUCGAGCUCCAGCUCCGGUUUUUCCCUCCACCAUCCUCUCCCCCUCCCCGCCUCUCCUUUAACUCCCCCCUCCUGGGCUCGGGACUGGUUUCCUCCCUUAGCCCGCUGCCCUCAAUCCCGGCGAGGCUGGGGCUCCAGCGCGGCGCCCCCUUCCUCGCUCCCUCUUCCCGCGCCCCAUGCCGCCCCCGCCCGGCCCCCGGCUGCCCCAGUCCCCCACUUAGGCCGGCGCACAGAUCUCAGGGUGCUGGCGUGUGGGCCGGGGGCGCGUCGGGCGCCUGCAGACGCCCCCUGGAAAGGGGCUCUUGGUGGUGGGGCUGAGCGCGCUCCGCAGCGGGGGCGCAGGCAGAGCAGGAAGCGGGUCCACGUGAGAGCGGGGGCUUCGGCCACUCGCGUAGCAAGGGCUGAAUAGCCGGGUAGCCCAGGUAGUCACCCCCGGGGUGAGCGACUUUGGGGGAGUUGGUGCCCCGCCCCCCAGGCCUUGGCGGGGUCAUGGGGGGCCCCCGUUUUGGGCCGGGGGGCGUGCGAGUCGGGGCCCUGCUGCUGCUGGGGUGUUUGGGGCUGGUGUCUGGGCUCAGCCUGGAGCCUGUCUACUGGAACUCAGCGAAUAAGAGGUUCCAGGCAGAGGGUGGUUACGUGCUGUACCCCCAGAUUGGGGACCGCCUAGAUCUGCUGUGCCCCCGAGCCCGGCCUCCUGGUCCCCACUCUUCUCCUAAUUAUGAGUUCUACAAGCUGUACCUGGUUGGGGGUGCCCAGGGCCGGCGCUGUGAGGCGCCUCCGGCCCCCAACCUCCUUCUCACUUGCGAUCGACCCGACCUGGAUCUCCGUUUCACCAUCAAGUUCCAGGAGUACAGUCCUAACCUCUGGGGCCACGAGUUCCGCUCCCACCACGAUUACUACAUCAUUGCUACAUCCGAUGGAACCCGAGAAGGCCUAGAGAGCCUGCAGGGGGGCGUGUGCCUAACCAGAGGCAUGAAGGUGCUUCUCCGAGUGGGACAAAGUCCCCGAGGAGGAGCUGCACCCCGAAAGCCUGUGUCGGAAAUGCCCAUGGAGAGAGAACGAGGGGCGGCCCAUAGCCUGGAGCCCGGGAAGGAGACUGCACCAGGUGACCCCAGCAGCAAUGCAACCGCCCGGGGUGCUGAAGGCCCCUUGCCCCCUCCCAGCAUGCCCGCUGUGGCUGGGGCGGCAGGGGGGCUGGCGCUGCUCUUGCUGGGCGUGGCAGGGGCUGGGGGUGCCAUGUGCUGGCGCAGACGGCGGGCCAAGCCUUCGGAGAGUCGCCACCCUGGUCCCGGUUCCUUUGGGAGGGGAGGGUCUCUGGGCUUGGGAGGUGGAGGGGGACUGGGACCCCGGGAGGCAGAACCUGGGGAGCUAGGGAUAGCUCUGCGGGGCGGUGGGGCUCCAGAUCCUCCCUUCUGUCCCCACUAUGAGAAGGUGAGUGGCGACUAUGGGCAUCCUGUGUAUAUUGUGCAGGAUGGGCCCCCCCAGAGUCCCCCGAACAUUUACUAUAAGGUGUGAGAAUGUCUCCCACCUGGCUCUCCUCUCAAUCUGGCACCUUGUGGGGUGCUCCUGAGUUGACUUCAAGGUUUAAGGGACAUCGCUAGUAUUCCCUUGGCCCCUUUGCUCCACCAGUACCCCAUUACCUGUUUCUGGCGGUUGCCCUUUGCCCCGCUUUUAGGGAUCCUGAGAUUUCCACUGCACCCCUCCUGCCCUCCUGGUUAGCUGUGGGCACCCCCUGUGUCUCUGUGUCCCCUGGGGAGGAGGCACAGGUCAGCCUCCUCUCUGACUCUGACUUAGGCAUCCCUGCGCCUUCCCCGCCCCCUGAGCUAGGGCCGGGAACAGUCUGUCUUUUGGUUGGCACCUCUUUUCUUCUGCCUCUCACUGUUUUUUCUCUCCUUUCUGUGUCUUAUUCUUUCUCUCUCUUCUGUCUUUAGGUCUGUUCCUCUUCCCUAGCAGCUCCUCCCUACACCUCCUCUUGCCUUCUUGGCCCCUCCCAUCUCCUAGGUGGGUGGGUGGGGUGGGGGCAUCAUAGCAUCUCUCCCCUUAGCUCGCAGCCCACCCCUGAGCUUGCAUACCAACCACUCUCCUCCAUCGGCUGUCAAUGGGGGCUUCCGGGGAAGGUGCUGGCACUCCACCUGCCGGCUCAGGGCAUGGACAGUGGGGUCUGCCCUGCCCUGCUUCAUCCAGGCCUCUGUAAACUGAACUCCAGGCAUUUGAGGGUGGUUGGGUCAAUGACAGCUGCCAUGAGAAGGAAUGUCUUGUGGUGUCCAGUGGCAAGAUAUGAGCCAUUUGGGACGUGUGUGGACUCAAUCUGAUGCUGAAUGGGCUACUUGGGACAGGAAGUGACCUGCUCCAGACAAGAAGUAUGGCCAGGCCUGGACAGAAAUGGCCUGGCAAGUGGCAGAAGCAGUGCAGCAGGAACUGGAAGUGCCUUCAUCCAGGACAGGAAGUAGCCCUUCUGAAAUAGGAGGGCUGGAAGUGGUCUGGCUGGAACUCCAAGUGGCUUAGUCUGGGGUUUGGGGGUGGGUGGGAAGUGGAUGGUUCUUACCCUGUGGGGAAUGGGGCAGGAGAACUUCCUGUCUCAGGAGGAAGCUGGAGCUUUACUGGCAGAGGAUAGGGAUAAACUGAGGAGGACUUUCCCAGGAAUCAAGUGGUGUGUCCCCAGUCCCACUAUCCCCUGUGCUCUGUGUGGAUUCUAGGACAGCUAAGAUGACUGCCAUUUGCGGUGGCAGGCCCAAUGUGUCUUGUUGUUCCCUUUCUGUAUCCCAGUAUAAUCUGUGUUCAUCAGAAAAACUAUCCCCAAAAACUUGUGCAUUCUCCCUAGUAACCCGGAUGGCUGUCUUGUUCAUCCCAUUCUCCAUUUCUGCUCCCUUCGAAUUCAACACAGCUCCCUUGUUAGUGACCAGAAUGGUGGCCUACCAAUGGGUCUGGCUGACGGUGGUUCUUAGCGACAGCCACUGUUUCCAUAGUGACCAGCCCGUACCUCUUCCUGCCCUCUAGUGCACCACUGGAUGUUGCCUCAGUUUCUUUCCAGCUGAGUUGUUAGAUUGCAACUGUCCGUGCGCACUAAGUUGGCCACCUGAAUCACCAGCCCACAUGGUUGCUUUGUCCACCAGAGGUCACAUCAUUUCUCUGGUGCUGUAGUUGCCAGCUCCUUCCUGAUUUUUCUGAUGGCUCCUUCCAGGGAACAGGAAGUUGAUACUGCCAAUGGGGGAGGUGGCGGGGUACAGGCCGUCACCUCGAUAGUUUUAUUGUAAAAGGGAAAUUUGAACAACAAAAGCAAAAACAAAAAAAAAAUAAAAUAAAAAACUUCAAAAGUUAACCA